AUGUGGCACCUCAAACUCUUUGCAGUACUCCUGGUCUGCCUGUUGCUGUUAGGCCAGGUAUAUGGCUCCCCAAUACGAGAACUGAGUUCAGCAAAGAGAAGGCUGAGGAGAAUGACCCCAUUUUGGAGAGGGGUUUCCCUCAGGCCCAUUGGAGCCUCCUGUCGGGAUGAUUCUGAAUGUAUCACAAGGCUAUGCAGGUACUCCACAAACCUGAGCCCAAGAGGCCUGGGAAGCUGUGCAAAGGAGAGAUCAGCACAUACACAGACCUAA